CAGCAUGGAAUUACUGAAUUGCGAGGGAAAGUAAACUUUAACACUGGAUUAACUUGUACGGUGGAAUAUUGGUUCUAAAGCUCUAAUUCCUCUUAUUCCACACUUAGUUUCAGUUUGUUCAUCGCGCUCGACUUUUGUUUGAAAGCUUCUAACGCUUUCUGAAACGCGGUGGUCUUUACGCACAGUUUGCGCCAUGGCGAACUCGUGUCUUCAGCUGAGCGGCUUUCUCAUCAGCUGCCUCGGCUGGCUGGGCAUCGUGAUCGCGACAUCCACCAAUGACUGGGUGAACAUGUGUAAAUACGGUUUGAACACCUGCAAGAAGAUGGACGAGCUGGGAGCCAAAGGACCCUGGGCGGACUGCGUCAUCUCCACAGGACUGUACCACUGCGUGUCCCUAACGCAGAUCCUGGACCUGCCAGCGUAUAUCCAGACGACUCGUGCCCUGAUGAUCACAGGUUCAAUCCUGGGUCUCCCGGCCGUGGGAAUGCUCCUCAUGUCCAUGCCCUGCAUCAGCCUUGGCAAUGAGCCCCAGAGCUCCAAGAGCAAACGCACCAUCCUGGGAGGAGUGCUUAUACUCAUAGUUGCACUGUGUGGUAUAGUGUCUACGGUCUGGUUUCCCAUCGGCGCUCACCAGGAGCACGGCCUCAUGUCGUUCGGCUUCUCCCUCUACACCGGAUGGGUGGGCACUAUCUUCUCCCUCCUGGGCGGGUCCAUUCUUACCUGUUGCUCCUCAGAGUCCUCCUCCUCAUCUCGCUCCUACCAGGACAACAAUCGCUUCUACUAUUCCAAACAGGGAGGUGGCAACCCGCCAGCAGCCCCCUCCACCAAUCACGCCAAGAGCGCCCACGUCUGAGAUGGGAGACAUUCUGACUCCCAGGUGGAUGUGUGGGGGACUGCAGUUUGUAUAUAGAGACAUGCACGCAAGCACACACACACACACACAGUCACAGUUACAUGCAAACCAAUACUGGAAGAGACACAUAAACACACCCAUUCAUGUCAGCUUGUCACACACACAUACAUAAAAGAGACAUUCACACAUCCAAACACACAAAGGCUGUUUUUGUUGGAGCUCUUUUUUCGCAGAUGGAUUGUUUUUGUGUCACAGAGCUCAUCUUAUAGCCUCCUCGUGUUGGGUGUGGUAUGGACUCUCCCCACUAUUACAUAAUUGUGCAAGCUGCCUGCACAGCAGCUGGAGGUCUUAGUCACCUGAGGCCUCCUGGACUGAGACAUUGGUCUUCUAUGUUACUUCUAUUUUUCUAUUUAGACGCUCCUAGAUUUGAAAUCUCAUGAGUGUCCUCCUCCAAUGUGUUUUUGUAAAUCAUAUAACACUGUGAUCUGUUGUUUUGAUAAGAGCAGGGUAUGACAGUAUUAUGCUUGGGGUUGAAUGUGUUCAUUAACAUUGUUAUGUACAGUGAUAUUUCUUUGACAGUAUUAUACAACUCUGUAGUGAAUUUGCCUCUUGAGUCAUAGACUUGAUUAAAAAACUGCUUUUCAAGCCGAUGCAGAACGAAUUUCACAGGAGAGCUUUUGCCAUCAGUGCCAUGUUCUGUACUAGAGUCUUAGUACAAUAUGUGCACUGUCUUGGCAAAAAUAAUUUAUCAUGGAGUACAAAACCAUUAUCUUUUGUCCAUAACUCCCUCAUCUGAUAAUAAUAUUUCAUAAUCCAAAAUUACACAUUUUUACGUGACUAACCUGCUUCUAUUGAAUAACAACUGAGUGACAGAAAAGCAGCUUAUCCUGUAACUGUGCUAUUAUGAACUUCCAUUACACGUCUUAGUAAAGCUUCCUCAUAGAAAGUAGCUCUUAAGAAGGUCUGUAGCUGAAAGUGUUUCAAAAAAAAAAAUCAGUAUUAUGUAGAUUAGCUUCUGUAGAAGGAAUGUGAUGACUUGAACGUUCAAUAUCUCGAAAGCGAUCGGAACACAGACGGAACCUGAUAUUUUCCAACUCUGAUCCGUGCAAAAACAGUAUUAGCUGGUUAUUUAUUGUUUCACUGAUGUCCUGUGGUUUGAUUUUCUAUAAUAAAGACAAAAAG